CAAAAUAAAAAGUAACAUUUCCUUACUCUAUCUUAUAUUAUAAAAUAGAUUUUUAUUAAUAUAGAGAGUCUGUGAAAAUUGAUGAUUUUAAAUUUAGUUAUCAUUAUGGAUUGACAUUGACUUGAAAAUUAUGCAAAGUAAGCAAACAUUGAGUACCUGUUUAUAUAAUGUAGAAUUCUUCUUCAUGUUCAUCCACUUCCCUAACACAGAUCAAAUUUAAGUGAAUUAGAUACGGAAUCGCUGAUAAAAAAUAUCUAUAGUGUUUGUAAGCAGACCUGAAGAUUAAUCACAAAAUUAUCGUAAAGAAUUGCUUAGGAGUUGUACAUUAGAAUUAAAUCACUAUUCAUUACUGCCAAAUUAUGUUUUUACAGGUUAUCAUAUUUGUGACAAGAAAUUAAUCACAAAAAUAAUUGAAACAGUUUGUCGUGCAAGUUUAACAUUGUUUGCUGAGUGGCCAGUAACUGAUUCAAGAGUCACUGAAAGUACUUUGGUCGAUAUGGCUGGAGGUGGUGUUCGACUUGAUGUGGAUAAAGUAUGGCAUCCUCAAUUGGUUAUUAAAGGUGCAUUCAGACAUGAUCGUUUUCAUCAACGUUUAGAGUUACGUAAUCUAUAUGCUGGAAGUAAUUCCCUCUCUAAAUCGACAAAUCCCACAAAUUCCUUGAAUAGAGCGCAAGCAGCACGAGGAUUACCUAACGAAUCGUCAAUUCAAUCAAUUCGUUCUCAUAAUCGUGCCAAAACGUUAAAGGUAGUUCCGGAUGGAGAUGGACCAAAUUAUUCAUUCAUGGAAAGCAUCGUCGUGGAAGUUCCAUGUCAAGAGCCAAAAAAAUUCCAUCAUAUUGGUGCUAUUGUUUGUCCAGUAUGGAUAAAACAAGAAGGUUUCAUGAAAACACAACCAAUCAUCAAGUGGACUGAACGUAAAUGUUGUCUGCUCUCAAAUGAUGUACAAAGGAAAUCAUCUUAUCUAAGUGUGACAAAACGCUAUGAUGAACAUAUUGAUAAAUCCGGUCCAGAUCAAAGUCUGGGAAUUAAUAUUUGUUUUUCCCAAAGUGGCAGAAUAUUACAAGGUAGUUUACCUCCAAUGCUACUUGUAUUAAUCUCUAUCAUAUUGUUAUGGACAAAUCAACUGGGUACACAUAAUCUUAGUUGUACACAAUUGAUUCUAUUUCUAUUUUCAAUUUCAUUUUGGCUGUGGAUGAAUGAACAAAACUUAAAUAACUCUAAAUUAUCCGGAUUUCUUAAUGUAUGGUGUUUAAUGUGUUCAAGUUCAAUUUGUUUAAUCUACUUAUUUGUUUUAAUUCAUCAUCGAUUUGUUUGUCGAUUUCUUCAACGAAAAUAUCAACAUUUGUAUCGUUUGUCGUCAUUUGGUUCGAAUCAGAAUAAAACAACUACAGCAGGCUUUAAUACAGAAGGUCCAGUUAAUGAACGAAUGAAUGGACCAGGAAUAAUGCAAAGUUAUGGGUGUUGUGGAAAUUGUGGUGGAUGCCCUGAUUCGUGUACUAGUUGUGUAGCAGGAAGAACAAGUACAGGAUUUAUUUCAUCAAAUGGUACAGCUGUUUGUUAUAGUAACAGUAGUUGUGGUCUAUCCGGCGGAAGUGGCCAUGCAUGCCAAACCAUACCAAUAUUGCAAACAAAUCCAACUGCAAAUAAUAGUCCUGGACCUAUAGGAUUUACACAAGCAAUGGGCUUAUCAGCCAACAAGAGAGAGAAUUAUGGUGACAAUUAUUUAUGCUCAGGUAGUUCGGAAUCCGGUAAUGGAGUAAAUAAUGGUACAUUUCGUGGAUUAAGAUGGAGAAAUUCGCGAAGAGUUAAUAAUGUCAAUUUAUUGGGCGGUGAUUUAAAUCAACCUGAUUGUCAUAUAUGCCAGUCACACUUUCUCGCUGAUAAUAAUGCUGAUAAUCAUGCUAAUUUAUCAUCAUCUCCUACAGCUGCUGCUUUCAGCGCGUUUUGUCGACAUCAGCAUCUGUGCAGUUCAUCCAUAACACCAUUCAUGAAUGUACAUAACUUUAAUGUAAAUAAUUAUCCUUCACCUUAUUGUUUAACAGGAUUGAAAACGUUAAUAACUGUAUGUUUUUGCAUAAUGAGUAGUAUUUACUGGAUAAGUAUAUUUGCACAAGGUACAUUACCUGAAACAUGUUUAGGUAUAUCUCUAUGCCAAAUCAUAGAAACUAAUCGUUCAUAACUCAUCCAAAAGAAAACAUUGAUAAUUUCUUUAAUUGUACAUAGAAAACAAAUUAAACCGGAAAUCGGCACACAAUUUCAAGGUAAAACGAAACUAUCUUCAAAUACACGAAACAUACAACCCAUAUACAUCUGCAUAUAAACUUAUACCAUAAAUUUUGUUGAAUUUCUUUUUUUCAUAAUCACGUGAUUUUUUCUUGUUAAAUUUGACGAUAAUUAGUUAUUUCAUCUGAAAUAUUACUGAUUAAAGGUAAUCAGUAGUCCACACAUUUAUCUUCUAAAGUAUAUUAUACUGUUCAAUGUAAUGAGUUGUAAACAUAAUACAGUGUAAGAAAAAGAAAACUAUUAUAUUUUACUUCUUAAAGUCAUUUUGUUUUAUGAUUUUUGUUUUUAAAUGACAGCUCUUGAAAGCAAGGGUGACUAAACAGUAUGACAGGAAAUGAAUCCACUUCAAUUUAUAUACUGUAAAUUCUUUAUAUAUGCGUACUAAUUUUAUCAGUAAUAUGUAGCUUUUCUUUGUUAAUAAAAAACCAACUUUGUAAAAAUCAAAUUUAAAUUAACUUACAAGUAAUUUUCAAAAUAAAACGUUAAUUUUCAACAUUUUGUUCACCUAUUGGUCUUCAUUCCUCUCGAAAUCCUGUUACAUAAUCAAUGUACUUGUGUUUUAAAAACAAAUUUAUUAUUUUAGGGCCUGAUUAUGAUGAUUAUGUUUACUUUAGGAAAUAUACACUUUUCAAAUUUACAUUAUCAUUCUAAACUACCAUUAAUGGUGGUGGUAGUAGUAGUAGUAGUAAUAUAUUUAUUUAUUUAUUAUGUAUACACUGAGUGUUUGUUUUUGUUCUGGAUGAUUAUAUCAUUUCUUUGUAGUACACUUAUUCAAAAACAGGUUUAAUUGAUUAUAUUAAGAAUUUGUGACGAAUUAUUCUAUUAUUGGACUAUAUAUUUUCUAAAUAUGUAUUUGUAUUUUUCAAAACUAAAUGCGUAAAACAACAUCUUACACAUAAGAAUUAAGGCAUUUAAAAAGAAGAUUGAGAGUCAACUAGAAAGAGGAUUUACUUCACUAUACAGUGUUUAUUGCUCCCCAAAAUGUAACACUGUGACCCUUUAUUUGUUAAUAAAUUUACAUUUUGAUUUUAC